AUGCCGAAUGUCGGGAAGUCUACCCUGUUCAACGCCCUCACCAACACUCAAGCUGCUCAAGCUGCAAAUUAUCCGUUCUGUACCAUCGACCCCAACGUGGGAAAGGUCGCUAUCCCCGACAUGAGACUUGAAAAGCUGGCCAAGGUUGCUGCAAGUGCGAAGAUCAUUGGGGCACAACUCGAAUUCGUCGACAUUGCCGGACUGGUGAAAGGAGCAAGCGAAGGAGCAGGUCUGGGGAACAAAUUCCUAUCGCACAUACGUCAGGUUUCCAUGAUUGUGCAGCUAGUGCGAUGCUUCGAUGACAGCAGCCGAGAGAUCAUCACGCAUGUGGACGGCAGCGUCGAUCCUGUCAGAGACAUCGAGACGAUCGAGACUGAGCUCCUCCUGGCCGAUAUCCAGACACUGUCCAAGAAGGACGGGAACUCAAAGAAGUCCGCCAACGAGCAGGAGCUAGCUGCCAGGAUCCUGAAGGACCUUGACAAGGGGAUUCCUGCACGGAAGUUCAUCCUCCAGCCCGAGGAAGUUGCCUCCUUCAGAAACUUCUCACUCCUCACCGGCAAACCCAUGCUCAUAGUGUGCAACGUUCCAGACUCGCAGCUGUCAGGCAACAAGUACACCGAGGCCGUUCAACAGCUGCUCCAGAAACGCAAGAGCGAAGAUCCCGAAUACGUGGAGGAACAAGGGGAUGUCAUCAACGUCUGCUCGAAGCUGGAGGAAGAGGUUUCCUUGAUGGACGACCCAGAGAGCAGGGAGCAAAUCUUGCAGGAGUAUGGAUUGGAGAAGACGGGAUUGUCGAAGAUCGUGGCAGAGAGUAAUCGGAGAUUGGGUUUGCAAACAUACUACACUGUCGGGCCACAGGAAGCCAGGGCAUGGCAGUUUCCGGAAGGCAUGCUCGCGCCUCAAGCAGCCGGCAUCAUCCAUACAGACUUUGAGAAGGGUUUCAUCAAGGCUGAAACGAUCAGUUAUGAUGACUACAUCGCAUGUGGGGGUGAGCAAGGAGCAAAGGAAGCCGGGAAGCUCCGCCUGGAGGGGAAGGAGUACGUUUGCCAGGACGGGGAUAUAUUCCACUUCAAGUUCAAUGUGUGA